UCGUAUUGUUUAUGAAAAAAUUGCAGAAAAUGAAUCUUUCUUCUUCAAAAUUCCUGAUUUCGCCAACCCUAACUAAAUUCCCCGCGAAAUAUUCCAUUUCCCCAAAUCAGUCGACAAUAUUAGGGAUUAAUUUUAGGUGUUUGCAAUUGAUCAUAAGCUCUAAGAAGUCCAGCUAUCAAGAUUUUCAGGAAUAUGCAAAGCCUUCAAGGUUGUUACCAGUCAAGGAGGUGAAUUCAUCGCUCGAGAAGGAGUUUGAGUCUCUCUCAUCUAGAAAAUCCGAAUCACUGUAUAAAUUGAGGUUACAAACUAGUAAUGCUUACGGAUCAGGUAUCAGUGAUGUGAAUUCUGGUAUUCUGUUGUGUGUAAUUGAUGAGAAUGGAUCCUCGAUUUUGCAACGAUUGCCUGCUACUUCUGCUGGAGCUGAUGAUUCACUGCGUUUUCAAAGAGGCUCUGUUGAUGAAUUUGUUUUUGAGGGACCUCGUCUUGGGAGAAUUCAUGCUGUUUGGAUCAGUUUGGAAUCAGGUCAAUGGAGGAUAAGUGGGAUGAAUUUGAUGGUAAUUUCUCAAUUGGGGGGAAGGAAUCAAGAAAUCAAGAGAUAUGGCUUUGAUUUGGAGGAUAUCUUGCUUGGGGAGAAGGGGGAGGCUUCGAUGAUGGAGUUCAGGCCUAGCUCGGUAGCUGCAUUAUCCGGGGAUGAAUCCACCUUGUUCGAUGAGGAUCCCUCGCCUGCUACUUACCCUGCAACGAGCGAAGAGGGCAUGAGAGAAUACGAGUAUCUCAAGCUGUCACUGCUGCUCUACGACGCUGUGCUCAUCCUAGCAGGCUCUGCAGUUGCAUCUGUUUCGAUGGGGGAGGAUGCUGCGGGUGCUUUCUUGAUCGGGGGGCUGCUGGGGUUCGCUUAUCUGCUGCUUGUGCAGAGAUCAGUUGAUGAACUUCCGUCGCCUGUUCUCAUUCGUAGGGAGGGGGAGGAUAGUGGUGGGGGGAUUUUUGGGAUGUUGAGAGGCUCUGUUUUGGUGCUAGUUUUGGUGUUUGCACUUGCUGUGGUGAUGGUGAAGUAUGCUGCUUCAGGGGAGUUUGGUGUUAGGUUGGCAUCAAGGGAUAUUGUUUUUGGAAUGAUGGGGUUUCUCAUGUGUAAAGUGGCUCUUGUGUUGGCGGCAUUCAAGCCCGUGACUCGUGGUUUGAGCGAGAACGAGUAGGGUUUUCCACCGGUGAAUUUGUGAUCGAGUGGUUCUGAGUUCUACCCACCGAACCCAUGGCUCGUGGUGUAAUAUAGGAUGAGUAGCGUUAGUGGAACGGGUGAACUUGUGGUCGAGAGAUUUCGAGUUCAGUCCCGCCUCCGAAAGGCAAAUUAGGGAAUAUAGCAUCUUAAAACCAUAAAAAUGAUACAUGUUGCAUGACUUCUCCAACUCUAUUAUGUACAAAGUAAACAUCUUGCAAGGUCAUGUUUAUUACCUAACUAAACAAAUUCACUUAGUUA